AUGUUCAAAGUUGAUGAGAAUAAAAACAAACUUCUCUCUGAAGUUUUCAACAUUUCCCAAGAAGCAUUUUGUAAUGAAUUUUUCGGUGUUUUCAAAAUAGUAAAACCUUUGUUUGUGGGAAAAAUAUUUUACACUGCAGAAAAUCAAGAUGUUAUUGACAUAAUUAACGAGGCAAACAAGUCUUACCAUAUUUUAUUGCACACAAAGAAGUUUUUAGCAAAUUUAGACAGCAUUUCCUCAACUUUUUUCAAUACAUUUAAUGAUAAAAAUAAUGUUGUAGUUAAAGAGUUGAAACUGUUAGGCCCCUUUUUGAAAUUUUUUGGAAAUUCAUUUUUAUUUGACUUUGUGCCAACAACCCCAACAUCAUAUUACGUUUUGAAAAGCAAGUUGAGGUUAGCUUCACUUGUAAUGAAUUGCCUUGCAGAAGACAGAUUUCAACAAGUUGAAAAUGAAUACUUAUUAAAAAAAAGAGCAGUUCCUUUUAUAAACAAUAAAACAUUUUUAACAGGUUUGGUUUUUGAUUUAAAAAAAUCUAGCAACAAUUCAAUACCAUUUCUCAGUUACAAAAUUAUGGUUGAUCAUUAUUUUAUAAAGUUGCUGAAUAAGUUUAACAUGAGAGAGAGUACAGAGUUUACAAUAUUCCAUUUGAAUCCCAGGAUUGUACCAGCUUUCAUCCAGUCUGGAUUCGUGUAUAUCCAAGAUAUUAUUGACCAUGCUUUCAUAAAGUGGUACACGGGUGUUGAUAACAUAGGAACUACUUUGCAACAGUUCCCGACUCCAUGUCAUGUUGAAGAUAUUUUCCAAAUAGUUCACAGUUUGUUACUGCCUUUGUUUAUGGUUAUUUCAUGGCUUACUUUUGUGCCUAUUAUUGUUAAAGAUAUAGUUAUAGAAAAAGAGUUGAAAUUAAGUGAAUUUAUGAAAAUUAUGGGUCUGUCAAAUUCUGUUCAUUGGCUGGCAUGGUUUAUUCAUUAUUUUAUUAUAACUAUGUUUCCUGUGUUAAUGACAACUAUACUUGUAAAGAUUGGCAAUCUACUCAUUCACUCCAGCAGUUCUCUUUAUACUGUCUUCAUGAUGAUUUACAUGGCGGCACUCAUAACUCAAUGCUUCAUGUUCAGUGUGUUUUUCAAUCACUCGAACACAGGUGCAGCCUUUUCAACAAUAUUUUAUUUCAUCAGUUUUUUGCCAUACAAAUUUUGCAUAAAUUUUCAAUAUUCCAUGAAUAUCCAUUAUAAAAUUAUUGCAAGUUUAUCUUACACAUCAGCAUUUGGUUUUGGAUGCUCAUAUAUGGCCAAGUAUGAAGAUCUAGAAGAAGGUCUACAAUGGUCAAACAUGUUCAAAAGUCCAGAUGAAGCUGAUCAAUUCAAUUUUGGAUACUGCAUGUUGAUGAUGAUUGUAGAUAUAAUUUUACAUGUCGUCAUAACACUUUAUGUUGAAAGGGUCCAUCCUGGCAACUAUGGUGUAGCAAAGCCAUGGUAUUUUCCAAUUGAUUGGGUUGUUAAUAUUUGUCAAUUAAAACGGUUUUCCAAUAGAACGAAAGCACCUACAAUCAAUCAGAUGAAUGUUAUAACUGAGCCAUUAACAACUAACUUAGAUACAGGAGUCUCCACAGUUAAUUUAGUCAAAAAGUUCAAAAAGUUCGUUGCUGUUAAUAAUUUAAAUGCAGAAUUUUACAAAAACCAUGUCACUGGUUUCUUGGGUCACAAUGGUGCUGGUAAAACGACGACAUUGUCUAUAAUAACAGGCUUAUAUGGUCCUUCAAGUGGUACAGUUUAUGUUAAUAACAUGGACAUAAAAACACAAAUUAAAGAAAUUCGAAAAAUCAUAAGUCUAUGUCCUCAGCACAACAUAUUGUAUGACGAUCUCACUGUAAUGGAACAUCUUCUGUUUUAUUCAAUGCUGAAAGGAUUACCAAAAAAGGAAAUAAAAAGUGAAUGCAACAGAAUUUUGAUGGAUCUCAAUUUGUUUGAUAAGAGGGAUGUGAAUUCUUCAUAUCUGUCAGGAGGCAUGAAGAGGAAGCUUUCUGUUGGCAUAGCCUACAUCGGGUCUCCAGACGUUGUAGUGCUGGAUGAACCAACUGCCGGCGUCGAUGCGUAUGCCAGACGAUCCAUAUGGGACCUUAUUCAGAAAUACAAAAAAAAUCGAACGACGAUACUCUCAACCCAUUUGAUGGACGAAGCUGAUAUACUCAGUGAUAGGUUGAUCAUCAUAAACAAGGGGCAGGUUCGUGCCUCUGGUUCAAUAAUGUUCCUUAAAAAACAUUUUGGUAAAGGGUAUCACCUAGAUAUAAGCUUUGAUAAAAAUUUCAAUGAUGAAAUAGAACGACAAAAGGCUGUAGAUAAUUUCGAGAAGCUUCUUAAACAGUUUUUUCCAAAUGCUUCUCUUGAAAUAUCUGUUCAUGGAUACGGUAUAUCUUGUAUACUACCUUUUGCUCACAACGAUAUUUUUCAUCAGUUCUUUAAUGAUCUACAUUCUAAAAAGAAGGAAUUACGUUUUUCUAAUUAUGGUCUUUCAAAUAUCACUUUGGAAAGAGUUUUUACUGAAGCCAACAAAAAUAUUAACUCUAAAGAUAAGAUGUCGGUAGAACAAAGUUUUAAUUACAAUUUUAACGUGUGUCCACCUUUCAAAACACUUAAAAAUUUAAAUUUAGUGUUUAAUCAGUCUUCUGCUUUAUUUGCAAAGAGACUUUAUAUCCUUAGGAGAAGCUUCAAAUUAAUGUUUUGUCAAUUAAUUCUUCCUCCAAUUUUUUUGUUACUGAUGUUGUUAUUAACAGAUUAUGGAUUCAAAAUUUCAAGUGAUAUAUCUGAUAUGGAACUUCAUCCUUGGUUGACAAAAUCUAAAGAUUCAAAUCUUGUUGUUUUUUUAUCAAGAAAUAAAAAUUUGCACUGGGAUGUAAAGCCAGUUGAAAAUAGUUUACUGAACGAGCCAUGGAUGGGUAAUAAAUGUUUAGAUCCCGCAGUACAUACUUUGACUGAUGAAAAAUGUGAUAUCAAAACUUUAAAGACAAAUUUAUCUUUGUUUAGAUCAAUGAAGAAUCCAAGGUUUAACGUUUCAUGUAGUUGUACAUCUGGUUAUAAACGAUGCUUCGAUCAAUUUUCUGGUAAACCACCUCCAGAAUUAAAACUUAUUAACGGGGAUGUUUUUCAAAAUCUUACAAAUUACAAUAUUCAAAAAUAUUUAGUAGAUACGCAACACAAUUUUUCAGAAACAAGAUUUGCAGGAAUUGAAUUUAGAUCUAGAGGAUCAUUACAUUUUUCAUUUUCGGAAAAACUUUUGAAUAUUACUAAAAGCCUUAUCUCAUUGAGUGAUCAAACACUUAGAGGAUUAGAUAUAUUCAACGUUUCAAAUGUUUCGAGAGCUUUAAUGAAAAAUAUAGAAACUAUUGCUCCUAAAUUUAUAACUAAUCAUUUAGCAACAGUUUGGUUCAGUCACGAAUCACCGGUAUCUGUGGUUGCUUAUACAAACGUACUUCACAACGCUCUUUUGAGAUCACAUUCAAAAGAUGUCAGUCAUAAAAAAUUAGGAUUGUCUGUUCAUUUGCAGUCGAUCAGUCGCAAGUCUAAAAAGUCAAUCGUCAACAAGGCUUUAGAAGUAUUUCCCCCUGUCACAAUUUUAUUUUCUUUGACUAUUAUACCUACUAGUUUUUUAUUCUUUUUACUUAAUGAAAAGAAUAGCGGUUUAAUUCAUUUACAAUUCAUUAGUGGGGUUAAUUCAACCUUGUAUUGGUUAACUAAUUUUAUUUGGGACCUUUCAACGUUUUUACUUCUUUCCGCCGUAUUUUUAAUAGAAUUUGUUAUUUUUGAUUGCAAAGAAUACAUAUCUGCAGACAACUGCCCAACUUUCAUUUUACUCUUGUUAAGUUACAUUUGGGCUGUUAUACCAUUUACUUAUUUUUUCUUCUGGAUAUUUACUGACCCUAACACUGCUUAUAUAUUUCUCUCUAGUUUUUAUUUUUUAAUAGGAUUCAUUCCAUUUAUUAUUACUUUUGUGUUGGAUUUUAUUGAAGAUGGGAAAGAUCGUAAUGAUUUCUACAAAGUACUUUUUAGCAUUGUUCCACAAUUUUCACUGACAAGAGGCUUGGUUGAUUUGAACUACAAUCAAAUGAAUUAUGAAAUUCAAUCAACUUUAUUGGGUGAACACAAAGUUGAAUUUUUAAACCCACUUGCUCUGGAUAUGGUUGGCAAGUAUAUUGUAGCUCUUUUUGGUUUUGGAUCGGUUUUUUUUAUUUCUUUUUUCAUUAUUGAAUGCAUGUCUCAUCAAAAUGUUUUUUUAAAACGAAAGUUGAACAUUCAAGUUUCUCAAAAAAGACCGAUUAAUAGUGAUAAAGAUGACGAUGUUCUGCUUGAAGAAGAAAGAGUGCAUAACAAUCCUGGAGGCAGUAGUGUAGCUGUUUCUAACCUGGUUAAAUCAUUUGGACAUAAAUUAUGCUUUUCUUUAAAAAGAGUUGAUACAAUAAUGGCAGUCAAUGAUGUUUCGUUUGGAGUUUUAAAUGAGGAAUGUUUUGGUCUCCUUGGUAUUAAUGGAGCUGGAAAAACAACUUUGUUCAAAAUUUUAACUGGAGACAUACGACCAACAUCUGGAAGUGUAUACAUGAAAGGUUCAAAUGUUACCCAGAACAUUAAAAAAUCAAAAAAUCUUUUUGGAUACUGUCCUCAAUUUGAUUCUCUCUGUAAUUUCAUGAAUGUUGAGGAGCAUUUGGUUCAUUUUUCCAGACUAAGAGGAGCUUCUUUAGAAGAUGUAAAAUUAAUUUGCGACUGGGCAUAUUUCAAUUUAAAUUUGUUGGCUUACAAAAAUACUCUUGCUAAGCAUUUAUCUGGUGGGAACAAGAGAAAAUUAUCUAUAGCUUUGGCUUUAAUUGGAAAUCCUGAUGUAGUUUACCUCGAUGAACCUACCGCAGGAAUCGAUCCAAAUGCCAGGAAAUAUGUUUGGGAAUCAAUUGUCGGCACUGUCAAGGCUGGCCACUCAGUAGUAUUAACAUCCCACAGUUUAGAAGAAUGCGAAUUUCUUUGCAACCGUUUGACGAUCAUGGUUUCAGGAGAGCUCAAAUGCAUUGGAACUAUUCAACAUCUCAAAAAUAAAUUCAAUGAAGGGUACAUGGUCGAGGUGAAGCUAGCAGAAGGUGAUGAAAGCUACGGGCAAUUCUUAGUGUACAUUACCCAACAUUUUCCUAAAGUUCAAAUAAAUGAACAUCAUUUGAAUUUUGUUAAAUUUUUAUUGCCUCCAACUUACGAUGAUUUGUCUUCAAUUUUCAAUGUUUUAACCGAAGCCAAAUCAUCGUUAUUGAUUGUUGAUUAUGCUAUUAAUCAAACUAAACUUGAACAAAUUUUCUGGAGUUUUGCGAAGCAAGCUAGAGUGUCCGUUUAA